AUGACCGCAUCCUACCUAACCCCUCGGUGGGUCCGCCGGGGUGUACAGAACUGGGGGCCGCAGCGGUGGUCGGAGCUCGGCGUCUCGAUCGUCGACGAACUCGUCUGGAGCUUGGUCUCUGCGGUGGAGUCCGUCGCCCUCGUCUCCAUGCUCUGCUUCUUCUUCCUCUUCUGCGGAUGCACGAUCUGA